GUUUAAAUUCCAUCAGUACGAUUCGAAUAACCAAACUGAACGAAGCUAAAAAAUAUUUAAAAUACACAAAAGACUUUCAAACAAUGGGGUAUUCAUAAAUAUAUUUAAGAAAAUAAAAAAUAAGAAACAGACUGAAGAAAACAUGUGGCUUGCCGCGUAUAAAAGAACUAUAAUAUGCUGGUCAACACUUUUCAUUGUUGCACUGCUGAUGCAACGGGUUACAGGUGGACCACCAAAAACGUGUCCAAUAUACUGCAAUUGUAAUUCAGUGGAUAACCUCAAUCAUGCGGACUGCAGCGGUAAACGUUUGAUAAGUCCAAAUUCUGCGGUGCCAUUUGAGGUUCAAUCGUUAGAUUUAAGCUAUAACGACAUCACUAUACUAGACAAUAAUUGCUUUGAGGACUAUGUCUACCUAUUUAACAUAACCAUCGCUCACAAUGCCAUACACACUAUCUUUCUGGAUGUAUUUGCGCCUUUGAAGCGCAUACGCGCCAUUGAUCUCUCCCACAAUCGUCUCGAAACCAUUGACCCAAGACUUUUCGAAUCGAACCGUAGAUUGCAUACACUCAACUUGGCGGGCAACAAGUUCUUGUCGCUUCCCAACGAGCCCCUGUUACACAGCAAGUCGCUGCGCAAGCUCAAUUUAGCUGAUGCACAGAUAAAUGUGCUGCUGCCUGAGCACUACAGCGGUAUCCCGCAAUUGCAGGAGCUCGAUUUGGCGCAUAAUCUCAUCAUCACCAUUGAUCAGUUUGCGGCCCAACCACCAAAGCGCCUGCUGGUGCUUAAUUUAGAUGAGAAUAAUUUGAACUGCGAUCAAACACUGCAAACGGCAAUGCAGCAGUUGAAGGCGAGAAACGUACAAGUCGACUAUAGUUACUGUCAAGUAGUUGGUGCAGACUCCAGUGAUAACGAUCUCAACAAGUUUGAGCGAAUCGAACUGAUGGAGGGUCAUAGGGUUAAAGAAAAUGAAGGCAAAGCUGAGUUGGGCAUUGUGGAAGAUGAUGUCGGUGAUUCACAAGAGAAUUUCGAUGAAGCCAUUCGGAGUGGAGAUCUCUCAGGCUGGCACUUUCCACUUACAUCAGUUGAGGAUACAGAUGGUUACACCGAUUUCGAUGUGACGGAAAAUGAAGAGAGUGGUAAUACAUCUACUGCUACGUACAACAAGAAAACCACGAAUGAAAUAUGUCUUCGUUGGUGUCAACAAUAUGGAAAUAACACAUUUACGAAGCAUUCUUCCAAUGACGCCAUCGAUUUCAACACGAAACUCUACACUGACUUCGAUCUACUAUUUGUCUUCAUUUGUGGCAUUGCGGUUGGCAUUGCGCUAACCAUCUUUAUUGGCAGCUGUAUCAUAUGCAUUUGGCGUUGUUCUUCUUUAAAAGCCAGACAUGUGCAUGUUGAAAAUCCUUAUGAUGUACCCUACGCUAUAGCACCACAAUCUCGCCAACCAUCAAUCCCAUCAGCACCACCGUCUUCGUAUGCAGCAGUAGAUGCGAUUAGAAGACCUUCAGCACGUGAAACUGAACCAACGCAAGAACUACUUCCAGUGGUAUAUCCACAGCCUCCACGGAGACGUCAGCGUCGCACCGCAUCUACACAACGCGCUGUGGUACGCCGUGACCAACUUGCUCGUCCCGGCAGUGAUAAUUUCAUUUCACGUCUCUUCGGCCGACCAGCACGUCAUCAAUAUUAUCGCACCAUCAAUGAGAACACAGCGACUUUAAUACGUCGCUUGAGCCGCAGCAAUCUUUUCAAUAAUCGCCUGAGCCAACAUUUUGGUGAACGGGACCGAGAACACAACACCGUAAGCUCUGCGCCGAACACACCACCAGUUAGUCCAGAUGGCGCUAUUAUAUCAAAUUUAGAUAGCGAGUUGGAGAGUUUGGCCACAGCAACGAGAACUCCUCAUCGCCGUCGUCCGGAAACGCCUCCACCUUUGUAUAGCGAAAUAGUUGCGAAGGAUUCUAAUCACAGCAGUUGAUUUUUCAACAAACGACUGAUUCAUUUAUAGCUUUUAAAAUUAUUAAACAUUUUAUAAUAGCAAAAUGUUUAUUAUGUUCAUUAAAGUAUUUUUUAAUAACCGUAGUAAACUGUUCAAAAUAAAACAGAGAAUUCAUUUUAUAAAUAGUACUCGUAUGAGUCUAUAGUUUUGUGGUUCCGAAUAUUGACGAUGUUUAGAGAUUAAACUGUAAUCUACGAGUAAAUUGGCUGGCUGAUAGCAGUUCUAACUGGCUAUUGUCCAAUCGGGAUUCACGCUGUCAAACUAAAAAAAAGCGUACGCUAGUUGCAGAAGCUGAUUGAGGGUUAUGAGUUAUAAUCUUCCUAAAAUUUCCUAUCGAUUUUCGUGAGUUUCUUGGAUUUAAUCAAGUAAUUUUACUUGAUUUUUUUAUGAAUUGAAAUUGCACUUUUGCAAAAGGAGCAAGUAGUU